AUGACUACUUCACUGUUGCUCGAGUUUCCGAAGGAUGCGCUCAACAAUUUGUUGUAUUUUCUACCGCAGAAUCUGCUAUUCAACUUGGCUCAGACCAACUUUCAUUUCUAUGAACCUUGCCUCAGAAGGCUCUACAAAAGAUUGAUCAUCCAAAGUGAUCCUGUUUUACGAACAAACAGUGAAACGCCAUCCCACUACAGAAGAGACGACUUUAUUGAAUCAUCGGCCCUGGUGAUUUGUGGUUUCAGCAAUGUCGAAAGAUCAAAAGUAGCGCACUUGAAAAUGGUGGAGGCCAAAGUAAAGACAAUCCUUGCAUCGAUCCAGGUAAAUCCUCUAUUGGCUACAUACAUCGAACUGAUAGAAGUAAAGGGAACUUUCAAUAAGGCAGUUGAUGCUGCUAUAGGUGAGUUACUCCAGUAUUUGAGCACCCUAGAUGUUUCCAUUAGAAAGAUCUACAUCUCUGAUCAGAAGCUUAGACGAAAACUAGACUAUGCAACUUUGGCCAAACGCUUUUCAUCAUUAACUUCACUUUGCGUUGACGGCUUGAAUGAGUUUCCAAGUCAGCUGGCGUUUCCCGAUCUCAAGGAGCUUAUCGUUGCAGACAUUCAACAAGGACAAAAUUUAAAUGCCAACCACGUGCAAGUACUCAGCACUUUGGAGCACCUUUUAGUAAAGUCAGAAGCAAGAGUAGCUGAUGUUUUUUUCAAAGCUCUCUGGCUGCUCUACAAAGCACAGCCUUUUGUAUUGACGCAGCUCAAGACUUUCACCGCAUUUCACACGCAUGAACAACAGCAUAAAUUUCCUUACGUGGACUUCUCGACUAUCGAGAACUUCCAGAUUUCUCUUGGCUGCAAUGACUCUAAUGGUUGUGAUCUGGAUUGCUUGGUAACAUGCUUGUCUCAAUUCCACUUUGCCAAACUUAAACGCUUGGCGAUAAUUCAAAAUAGUGAUCAUGGUUUAAAUGACCAUAGAUACUGCGAGAUAUGGGACUUGUCUGUCUUGGACUUUGUGAAGCAUGUCGUUGAAAAUUCAGACACGUUGUUUUAUCUUUCCAUACGUCACAAUGUACCUCCUGAUGGAGUCAUCGACGAUGGAUUCGAGGGUAACUAUUUGAGAAAAGUCAAGCUCUAUACUAACUUGCUUCCAAAUCUUCUAGCGACACUUCAGAAACAUGUGGUCAACUUGAUGCUACCCAACCUUGUUGCGUCUCUUUCGUGCUACGAGCAACCAAUGAACACGUUCAUGUGGAAUGGCUGCAAAUGCGAGCAUUGCGAUAAGUAUUUGACUAAGUUGGACGACUACUUGCUCCAUCAUCGUUACUACAGCUUCAAGAAGCACGUUUUCAAGGACGUGUUGACCGUUCAGUUGAUGAGAGCGAUGAGCGAAGUUCUAGCUGACCGGGUAGUAUAUGAUACUAACAUCGGAGACAUGUUUCAGCUCACUAGACCCAUGCGCAACUUGACUUGGAACUUCCAUGAUAGCAAAUUCUCCAUACCUUUCAGAUGUUUACCAGUCAAGACCUAUGAAAUGGCGGACUUUGAGGAUGAAAAAGCUGAGCAUAAAGAGACACACGAGAGAUUCUUCGACGCUGAAGAAAGGGAAAACGAUUGCAUUUUUCUCAGGAAAGAGCAAUUCUAUCCCAAUUAUUCAAUUGUGGUUUCCCAUUAUCUCAACGACUUGAUUAGAAAAAUGAUCAAUUUGAAUCGUGGUGAUGCAGAGGAUGUGGUCAUCGGUCAAGAGGGAGACGAGAACGAUGGAUUCACAAACUUGAGAAUCAACAAAAUGUUGAUAAAUGGAGUCAAUUUCAACUUUGAUCAUGAGAUAAAUGGAACCAUUUUUUUCAAAAACAUCUACGAUGAGCUUGACGAGGACAUAGAUUACGAGCUUUAG